AAAAGUUCAGCCGACCUCGAACCAACAAACAACCAUAACCCCGCCAAGAUGCAAGUAAGAAUAAGAUUAGCACGCUACGGCGUGAAAGGCAAACCCUUCUACCACAUCGUCGUCGCAAACCGCAAAACCGGCCGCCAAACCAAACCCAUCGAAACCCUCGGAACCUAUGACCCCAUCGGCAGCCCCGAAGAAGCAGGCGGCCCGUUGAUCAAAGAAAUCAAAUUCGACAUGAUGCGGGCUAAAUACUGGCUCGGUGUCGGUGCUUCUCCCUCGGAUCGUGUGGAGCAUUUGUUUGUGAAAGCGGGGUUGUUGCCGGUGCCGGAGAAGACUUGGAAGUUCCAGCCGAAGGACGAGGAGCUUGCGUUGGAGGCACAGAAGAGGGCAGAGGAGGGGCUGGUGAAGGCGGAGGAGGCGAAGAAGGCGAAGAAGGCGUACGAGGCGGAGAAGGCAGCGCGGAAGGCGCAGAAGCAGCGGGCUUAGAGGGAGCGAGAGCGGCAAUGGAGGCGGAGAAGCUGAAGGAACAGGAAGCUGCGGAGAGCGCGGCCGUAGCACUGCAGGACUUGCCUUAUUCAGCUACAAAGAAACGAGAAAACCUAAGGUUUGAAGGGCAAGAUCGAAUCGCCGGAAGUCUGGAG